AAUUUAUCGAAACAGGGUUACAGGGAGGAGAAGAAGGAGAAGGCAAUGGAGAAAGCUUUCCUAUUUUCGUCUGGGUUUCUCUUUCUAACCGAUCUCAACUGCUUCACCAAAAACCACAGUUUUCGUUUCCAGUGAUUUUCAGUUAGGCCACGCAAAGCGAAACGAACAAAUACAAGGAGAGAAGAAUCAUGAACAAAACGACGAUAGCAGUAUGGGGAGUUGCAAUUCUGUGCUUCGUAAUACUCAUGAUUGUCACUCCGACUAUCCCUCAGUCUCAAGAAUAUCAUGAUUUCGCUGAUCAACGCGAAUUCUUCGGGAUACCCAAUGCACUGAAUGUGAUUUCGAAUUUCCCCUUCUUUGUAAUUGGACUAAUUGGGCUUGUACUCUGCUAUCAUAUGAAUUAUUUCAAGCUGAGUUUGCAAGGAGAGCUUUGGGGUUGGACAUGCUUUUACAUAGGCGUUGCAGCUGUUGCUUUUGGGUCGGCUUACUACCAUCUCGAGCCAAAUGAUGCUCGCCUUGUGUGGGAUCGAUUGCCAAUGACUGUUGCGUUCACUUCUAUCAUUGCUAUCUUUAUUAUUGAGAGAGUAGAUGAGAGGAAGGGGACACUGUCUAUUAUCCCCUUGCUUUUGGUGGGUGUGGUUAGUAUUCUAUAUUGGAGGUAUUUUGAUGAUCUCCGUCCUUAUGCUGCUGUCCAGUUUGUUCCCUGCAUAGCCAUCCCCCUAAUGGCUAUACUGAUGCCUCCAAUGUAUACUCAUUCGGUAUACUGGUUAUGGGCAGCCGCGUUUUAUCUUAUAGCUAAAAUCGAAGAGGCAGCUGAUAAACCAAUUUAUAAUUGGACUUAUCAUAUCGUGAGUGGGCACACGCUUAAGCAUUUAUGUGCUGCAAUGGUUCCCGUCUUCUUGACUUUAAUGCUAGCAAAGCGGGAUGUUCAACCACAAAAGAUAAGUUUGCUGCAGACAUGGAGAUUAUCUUGGACCAAAGUUAAAGAAAAUGGCAAUAAAGUGGAGAGCUUUGAAUAUACCUAUACAAAUGUUCCUAUUGAGGAACAACUUUAAUGGCUGUUUGGCACAAAAUCUUCCAUCUAUUGUAGAAAAGGGAAAACAUCUUCUGUACUUUUGUAGGCUUUAUAUAUGUAUACAGUAACAUAUGAGGCUGUGUUUGGUGUUUACCAUUGGAUAUGGCUCAUGAUUGUACAGUGUAUUACAUAAAUAUAAAGAUAUUAAUCAGUUCUAUACUUGUAAAAAUGUCGCAGACAAGUUUCUUAAUCAUGGAUCUUUGAUCACUA